AUGCUGAAGAUGCUCUCCUUCAAGCUCCUGCUGCUGGCCGCCGUGGCGCUGGGCUUCUUCGAGGGCGACGCCAAGUUCGGGGAGCGGGGCGAAGGGGGCGCCGCGCGGCGGAGGCGCUGUCUCAACGGCGGCCCCCCGAAGCGCCUGCGGCGGCGCGAGCGCCGGCUGCCGUCCCAGCUGGAGCCGCUGGCGGCCGGCGGCGGGGCCGGCGGGGCCGGCGGCGGGGGCGGCGAGGUCCUGUGCGGCGCCUUCUACCCGCGCCUGUCCUGCUGCCUGCGCGCCGACGGCCAGGGCCUGGGCCGCCUGGAGAACAAGAUAUUUUCUGCUACCAACAACACCGAGUGUGGGAAGUUGCUUGAGGAAAUCAAGUGUGCCCCUUGCUCACCCCAUUCUCAGAGCCUGUUCCACUCACCCGAGAGAGAAGUCCUGGAAAGAGACCUCGUGCUACCCCUGCUCUGCCCCGAGUACUGCAAAGAAUUCUUUUAUACUUGCCGAGGCCAUAUUCCAGGUUUUCUUCAAACAACGGCUGAGGAGUUUUGCUUUUACUAUGCAAGAAAAGAUGGCGGGCUAUGCUUCCCAGAUUUUCCUAGAAAACAGGUCAGGGGGCCAGCGUCGAACUACUUGGAUCAGAUGGAAGACUACGACAAAGCCGAGGAGAUCAGCAGGAAGCACAAGCCCAAUUGCUUCUGCGUCCAGGAGGUGGUCAGCGGGCUACGGCAGCCCGUGGCCGCCCUACAUAGUGGCGAUGGCUCACACCGUCUCUUUAUUCUGGAAAAAGAAGGUUACGUGAAGAUUCUGACCCCGGAAGGAGACAUUUUCAAGGAGCCUUAUUUGGAUAUUCACAAACUUGUUCAAAGUGGAAUAAAGGGCGGAGAUGAAAGAGGACUGUUAAGCCUUGCAUUCCAUCCCAAUUACAAGAAGAAUGGCAAGCUGUACGUGUCUUACACCACCAAUCAGGAGCGGUGGGCCAUGGGGCCCCACGACCACAUCCUCAGGGUCGUGGAAUACACAGUCUCCAGGAAGAAUCCCCACCAGGUGGACCUGCGGACAGCCAGGGUGUUUCUGGAAGUGGCCGAACUCCACCGGAAGCACCUGGGGGGACAGCUGCUCUUUGGCCCCGACGGCUUCCUGUACAUCAUCCUUGGCGAUGGGAUGAUCACCCUGGACGACAUGGAGGAGAUGGACGGGUUAAGUGACUUCACAGGCUCCGUGCUGAGACUGGACGUGGACACGGACGUGUGCAACGUGCCUUACUCGAUACCUCGGAGCAACCCCCACUUCAACAGCACCAACCAGCCCCCGGAAGUGUUCGCCCACGGGCUGCAUGAUCCAGGCAGAUGUGCCGUGGACCGGCAUCCCACUGAUAGAAACAUCAACUUAACAAUACUUUGUUCUGAUUCCAAUGGAAAAAACAGAUCGUCAGCCCGAAUCUUACAGAUAAUAAAGGGCAAAGAUUACGAAAGUGAGCCGUCACUUUUAGAAUUCAAGCCAUUCAGUAACGGCCCCUUGGUUGGUGGAUUUGUUUACCGAGGCUGCCAGUCUGAAAGACUGUAUGGAAGCUACGUGUUUGGCGACCGGAAUGGGAAUUUUCUAACUCUCCAGCAAAGUCCCGUCACCAAGCAAUGGCAAGAGAAGCCGCUGUGCCUGGGCACCGGUGGGUCCUGUCGCGGGUAUUUUUCGGGUCACAUCCUGGGAUUUGGAGAAGAUGAAUUAGGUGAAGUGUACAUCUUAUCAAGCAGUAAAAGUAUGACCCAGACUCACAAUGGAAAACUCUACAAAAUUGUAGAUCCCAAAAGACCUUUGCUGCCUGAGGAAUGCAGAGCCGCCGUGCAGCCCGCGCAGACGCUGACGUCGGAGUGCUCCCGCCUCUGUCGCAACGGCUACUACACCCCGACGGGCAGAUGCUGCUGCAGCCCCGGCUGGGAGGGCGACUUCUGUAGGAUCGCCAAAUGUGAGCCAGCCUGUCGACACGGAGGUGUCUGCGUGAGGCCCAACAAGUGCUUGUGUAAGAAAGGCUACCUGGGGCCCCAGUGUGAACUCGUGGACAGGAACAUCCGCAGAGUGACGCGGGCAGGUAUUCUCGAUCAGAUCAUUGAUAUGACAUCUUACUUGCUGGGUCUCACAAGUUACGUUGUAUAGUCUCUGGGACUGUUGGAAUAUUCCUUUCCAGUGGGCAUUUAUUUUUUAUCCUGUCAUUAAAAA